GUAUAACAAUUUACCAAAAUGUAACGUUACUCCACAAAAUAAACUGCGUCUGGUGGUUGAUAAAAAGGAAAGAUCACGUUUAAGUCAUCAUAGAAGCUAGCUAGCUAGCUAUUUAGCCAGCGAAGCUAGCUUGCUAGAUUUUUACAAUUUAGCUGGCUAGCUUCCUGCAGUAUGUUUGUUCUGACCACGUUAGCUAACUUGCAGACAACUUGCAAGUACAAAGUAAAUGUGACGUACGUUGCGAACAAUAAAACUACCUAGUAAUGUAACCUUACUGUUAGCUAGCUAGCUAUGUUAGCCAGAAGAUUCCAACACUACCGUUACACUUGUUUACAUUUAGCUGCACUGGAGUCGGAACGCAAUCACAGUUAGAUUAAAGGCCCAUUGCAGUCAAAAAUGUGAUUUCCUGAGUUGUGUAUAUAUAUAGAUAUUCCCACACGAUGUAGUUGGAAUAAUAUUGUGAACAUUAUGAUAAUGGCUUUAGUGUAAGAGCUCUUUCAAAAGACCUGAAAUUUCAGCCUGAAAUUUGGUAGGAUGGAGUUUUUGCCUGCCUGGUGACAUUACUAGGUGGUAAAUUAGUUAAUAGAUCAAUGGGCGGUAUUAGGUUAUGCUGAGCUGCCGGGCACGGGCCUAUGGCCCGUGACAUGAAUGGGGAAAGCGGUUAGUGGGGAGCACCCUUCUAAAAUUGAGUAGUGAUCUAUGCCGGUCAUGUUGUCAAAAAGGCAGCAUGGUACAUCAUCCAGUAACAUACAUCUCUUUUCCAUAAAAUGUAUGUUUGAAUUUUCAAACUAGUUUUUAUUGGAAAGGCAGAUAAUGUGUUUUUAUCAAAAGCAAUCACUUUUGAAUGUGAAAACACAGAAUCCUACUCAUUACUCCACGUGCUUAAAAUACGUCACUAUUGUUUUGAGCCAACUUCGCCGUGGGCUUUGAACGGGGCACAUGGCUCAAGCAGCUCGGUUCAAAAACAAAUGCAAUCAACAUUCAGCCGUUGAAUAACACACCUAUCCGGGCGCCCAGGCCAGAUUAAUCGAAUUCCCUCAGUAAGCGAGUGCGUUCCAAACCUCCCUGUCAAUAACAGCUAGUUUUCCGUUUUCCCCGCCCCACAUAGACCACUCUCAGACAGUCUUAACAAAAGUCCGGUUCCAAAACAAAUCCAAUAAACUUUUGCCCGUUGCAAAACACACCUAUCCUGGCGCCCAGGCCAGAUAAAUCGAAUCCCCUCAGUAAGCGAGUGAGUUUCAAACCUCUCUGCCGAUAACAGAUAUUUUUCCAUUUUCCCUGCCCAACAAAUCUGGCUAAAGAAAUUGCGAUUUGCUAAUAAGCUAUUUUUGUUUUUUGCAUUUUAAUUGAAAACAGUCACAAUAAGGCAAAAUCAUGUCGGCAGACACCAAAAUCGCAGAGCUUUUAACAGAGCUCCAUCAACUCAUCAAGCAGACGCAGGAGGAGCGGUCGCGCAGUGAACACAACCUGCUCAACAUCCAGAAAACACAUGAGAGGAUGCAGACUGAGAACAAGACCUCUCCUUAUUACCGGACUAAGCUGAGGGGACUCUACACCACAGCCAGAGCAGACGCUGAGGCAGAGUGCAGUAUUCUUCGUCAUGCCCUCGACAAAAUUGCAGAGAUCAAAUCCUUAUUGGAGGAGAGGCGAAUAGCGGCUAAGAUGGCAGGGGUGAACAGCGACAAUGACCCCCCCAGGAAGACCAUGCGGAGGGGGGUGUUGAUGACACUGCUCCAGCAGUCAGCCAUGACGCUCCCGCUGUGGAUCGGCAAGCCAGGAGACAGUCCUCCUCCCCUGUGUGGGGCGAUGCCAGCCAGCAGUGACUACGUGGCCAAGCAGGGGGACAAGGUGGCAGCGCGGGUCAAGGCCGUGGACGGAGACGAACAGUGGAUCCUGGCCGAGGUGGUCAGCUACAGCCACUCCGCCAACAAGUACGAAGUGGAUGACAUUGAUGAGGAAGGAAAAGAGAGACACACCCUGAGCAGGCGGCGUAUCAUCCCCCUGCCCCAGUGGAAGGCCAACCCCGAGACGGACCCGGAGGCCCUGUUCAGUAAAGACCAGCUGGUGCUGGCCCUCUACCCCCAGACCACCUGCUUCUACAGAGCCCUCAUCCACACACACCCACACCGGCCCCAGGACGACUACUCAGUGCUGUUUGAGGACACGUCGUACGCAGACGGCUACUCCCCGCCCCUCAACGUAGCGCAGAGAUACGUGGUGGCCUGCAAAGAGAACAAAAAGAAGUAAAGAAGAGAAGAUGGAGUCAGUCGAAAUCAAGGGGACUGAAGAUGCUGUGUAGACAAGUGUUUCCAACCACCCCUCUCCUCAGAAUAACAAUGGGUUCCAUACCCAAGCCACAACGUAUGGACACACUGAGGGCAGGUUUGGGCAGCUAUCUGUGAGGCUCAGUCAAUCUAGGGAGUUGUAUUGAUAUCCAACGGUGUGUUAUCAUGGCUCACCUGUUUGAUCAUCGUGAGACGUGCAGGAUGUUCUGUGCUCUGUUCUGUCUGUAUUGGCCUGGUGGUGACAUGACUAUGCUUCUUGUGGAACGGGCUUUGCUGCAUGUGAGAUGUAAAAAAAAAAUUAAAAAAAUGUACACAAAUGUUUUUUUGUUCAAAUUUGUAUGUUGACUAUGGACACUGAGUAAGAAUAAAUGUUUUUUUUAUAUACAGUA